AGUUGUGUCUACAAAUAUUUUAUCACUUGUUUUUUAAAGUAUUAUGUUCCUUGUAGAAAUUAGAAUUACAUGUUAAUAAACAUUUGCUCAGUGUUUUUGUUUACAACUAGAAAAACAAAACUAUAAACAGAAGAUUGGUACAAUUCGCGCAAUUUAUAAAUACGUUAAAUCAACAUGGUUAUCAAGAAAACUAUAAAAAAACAACAGAAAAUUACGAAAAUAUUCCGGAAAGGAUUAUCGGUACCAAAGCAGGCUGAUGACUGUGAAGAGGAUAGAGAAGAAGUUUCAAAAUUGGAACAGAAGCUCAAAGAGAAACAGGAUGAACUAUUCCAGCUACAAAGAAACAGCUAUAGAUGUAAAGCAUUAUCACCAACAGAGAGCAAAUCAGAGCCAUUUGUCAGACCUCAGAAAAUAAUUCUCACUAACUCGGUGACAAGCCUAAAAAGAGAUCUAGAACUGAUGUCAAUGUUAUCCAGCAUGGAGGUGCAGUCAUAUGCGGCUAAAGACCAUUGCAGUAUUGUCUACCACAUGCAACAUGAUGCAGAAAAUGAAAUAAAACAUGGUUUGAGGAUUGAAACAAACUCUGGUAAAAAUGAAGUAUCAAAAUUUUCACUCCCCCUCGGUUUUAAUUAUGAUGGGGUGAUGGAAGAUUUUGACAAUAUUAUGAUGCCUGACUGCCUCGGUGCUAUCAGGAAGGCUCUUGUCGCAUAUUAUGAUAGACUCGAGCAGUAUGACGCACUUAAGAGGUUGUUGACUGUAGAGGCUGAACUUUUCAAGAAAUUAGAUGGAUCCCACAUUGAGAUAACAUUUUUAGUAAAGAGUGAUGAAGAAGAGGAUGAACAAAUAAGUGUAGUACUCAUGUUGGAUUAUAGAGUCUAUGACAUUAGACCGAAAACUUUCAACAUCAGGGAAAUUGAUUUACCAGACGGCGCAGCUGACGCGUUGAAGGAACAGUGUAUGGUUUUUAAACGAAAACCUUUGAGGAAGGCCUUUAAAGAGGCGUUUCUUGAUGGCGUUGGACAAUACAAAUUAGUACGACAGGUAUGUACGGCUCCUGAAGGUCCCCGACACGCUCACAAACGUCGUCCGCAGACACACUACAACAACGACGACACAUUCCGCCCUGAAGAGUGUUCGGAUCACAGCGACGACGAUGACAACAAAUGACGGGUUUUCCAUUAUUAAACGAUUUAAAAUUA